AUGAUAUCAACUAAAUAUGUUUCAAUCAGUCCAUCUAUCUCUUAUCUCUGUCCAUCUCUGUCUAUCUCUGCAUCUUUAUCGCAGCUCUUUGUCCACGAGGUUGGGUCUCCACCGCAGGAUCCGAGCUUCACCCAGUGCGUGGACUACACCUUCGCCAACAGUCACCGGAAACUAUGGUGGUCAUACCACGUCUUUGUCACUCUCGCCAUGUACGUCAUACCGCUCAUCGCUAUUUUCAGUUGCUACGCUGCCAUCGUCUACAAGAUAUGCAAACAGUCAAGAGAAGUUACGCAAGCUUUAAAGAAUGGGAACCACCCAAGUCUUCGUCGCACUGGCUUGGAUCGGCUUCCUCGUGCUCGCAUGAAGGCCCUUCGGCUGACAGCAACCAUAGUGACGGCUUUCAUCAUCUGCUGGAGCCCGUACUACAUUGUGAGUACGUGGUAUCACUUUGACAGUGGCUGGCAAUCCACGGAGAAAAAGAUGCUCAAGCCAGAGUGGCUCAUCGAUGUCCUCAUGGCCCUUGGUUAUUCCAACAUUUGCGCCGAUCCGAUCAUCUACGGUCUCUUCAGUACGAAACUGUGGCGGCAGUUCCGGCGCUGCUGGAAGAAGAAGUCACUCAGGGAAUACCGCUCGCCGAAGAUGGCGACGAAGAGAACACUUUCAUCGUCCCAUUCGACGGUCACCAGGGCGACGUCGCUCCGGUUCGGAGUUGUGACCUCUGUCCACGCUUGUCCACAUGAACAUCCGGGUAUCGAAAUGAGUCACAUGGCACAAACACGAGUUGACAGCGUGUCGGACUGAGGGGAGGUCAGACAUAUUCUUCUGCAGAAAUGCCUGAGGAAUUUUUUGGGGAUCGAUAGAUCAAAUCCGUCUAUGAAUAACACGGAUGCCGAGGCCUGCCAUUGCAGAGCGUGAACGAUCCGGUCACAAAUCUGUCAGCACAUGGCGGAUACACUUUA